CGCUGAGAGCCGCCGCCCGGCGGGCGUGGAUGGAGCUGGCGGAGCUCGCGCGGCGCUGGGUGUGAGCGGCGGAGCGGCCGAUCGCCUGGACCUCAGGGGACUCGCCAUGGAGGAGGAGGGCGUGAAGGCAGGGGGCGAGAAGCCUCGGGGAGCACGGAUUGCGGACAAGGCUGGCUGGAUCAAGAAGAGCAGCGGGGGCCUCCUAGGGCUCUGGAAAGAUCGCUACCUGCUCCUCUGCCAGGCCCAGCUGCUGGUCUACGAGAACGAGGAUGAGCAGAAGUGUGUGGAGACAGUGGAGCUGGGCAGCUACGAGAAGUGCCAGGACCUCCGUGCCCUCCUCAAGCGGAAACACCGAUUUAUCUUGCUGCGCUCCCCAGGGAACAAGGUCAGCGACAUCAAAUUCCAAGCACCCAGUGGGGAAGAAAAGGAAUCCUGGAUCAAAGCCCUCAAUGAAGGGAUCAACCGAGGCAAGAACAAGGCUUUCGAUGAGGUAAAGGUGGACAAGAGCUGUGCCCUGGAGCAUGUGACUCGGGACCGAGUGCGUGGGGGCCAGCGGCGCCGACCACCUACAAGAAUCCACCUGAAGGAGGUAGCCAACGCAGCUUCUGAUGGACUUACACGCCUGGACCUCGAUGUUCUGGACAGCAGGCCGCCACCGUUUGCCCCCAGCAAUGACGUCAGCUCAGCACAGCCCCGGGAGAUACUCCGGCCCCCCAUGCCUCCUACCAAGCCUUCCCCAGCGCCAGAGAUGACCAUUGUCGGUGAAAGAGUGGAAACCUCUGUCGAGGAGAAAGCCCCAACCCCUGUCUCAGCAAGCUCUGAGGCCCUCUCUGAGAGCCAAGAGGACUCGGAGACGCUAGUGGGGAAGGACAGUUCCCCUGAGCAGCUCCCCAAGGUCCUGCCUGACAAACUGAAGGUGAGCUGGGAGAACCCCAGCUCCGAGGACCCCCCUGACCCUGAGAGUGCAGAACCACCCCAGCAGCCCUGUUCUCAGACUUUGGAGGUUUCUAUCAAGGAGGGUGGGAAGCCCCCUGCACCCCCACCCAAGAUCGUAUCGAAAAAACUGAGAGCCUCCAUGGGUGGGGUGGAGGCUUCAGGGCCAGCCCAGAGUCCUGAGGCCUCUGAGAGCUCUGCCCCAGGCCCAGCACGGGUCUCAGUGAAUGGUGUGGAUGACAGUCCUGAGCCUGUCAAGCCAUCCCAGGCCGCGGACACCCCAGGAACUCCCCCAAAGAGUGAAGCGACGUCUACGGCACUGUUCCCCCGGGACCUGUCACCUCAGUUCCAUCCCCGCUGCUCCUCCAUGGGGGACUUGCUUGGGGAAGGCCCCCAGCGUCCACAGCAACCUAGGGAACGGCUGUACCGGGCCCAGCUGGAGGUGCAGGUGGCCUCCAAACAGACGGAGAAACUGUUGAACAAGGUGCUGGCCAGCGAGCCGGCCCCAGUGAAUGCUGAGACGUUGCUCAGCCAGGCUGUGGAGCAGCUGAGGCAGGCCACCCAGGUCCUGCAGGAGAUGCGAGAUCUGGGAGAGCUGAGCCAGGAAGCGCCUGGGCUACAGGAGAAGCGGAAGGAGCUGGUGACCCUCUACAGGAGAAGUGCACCCUAGGGCCUGCCAGGCCAGGGCACGGUCCCUCCUGGCUGGCCCAGUCCAUCAAAGCCCAGCCCUGCCGAGAAUUGUGCUUCUGCUCAGGCUGUUGAAGGGCUAUCAGUUGUGCCAGGGUUUGACCAGGACCUACAGAGGCUCCUGGUAUCCUUCCUGCCCUGCCUUGGCCAGUGGUGCCAGGUGCCACCCUCAGCCACCGUCUGGCUGUGUGGCCUGGCCCCUGGGCUCUGGCUUGGGCUGGGAGCACACACUCAGGACU